AUGUUGCUUACUUUCUUUGAGCUUGUUGUCAUGUUGGCUCUCAUCCUGGGUGGCAUCACCGCUCUGCUCAACUACCUGGGAGGAUCGACGCUGUACCUCAUCAUGAGACUUGCUUGCCAAGGCCAUAAUUUUGAGGUUGUGAUUUCCAAGCCCUGGCUUGACUGGACUGGCACAGAGGAGGGGGACUCGCAUCUGGUGACCCUGCUGAAGGAUGUCGGUUACAUCAGGGAAGUCGGGGUGAACGGCAAAUCAGAGCAUGUGGAUGAGAACACAGGUGGGGAAGGAAGCGUUGAAGGGGCAGAGAAUGGGACGCCGGUGGAGACCGUGGAGGUGCGGUGGAGCGGAGAGGUCCGCGCCUUCACUGCGCGGCUGCUGCUGCGAGACGGCGUCAUGCAGAUGUCAAAGGAUCUCGGGAUGGUGAUGGGCGAGAAUGUGCGCUUCAAGGCAUUGGUGGGGCUGACGAGCUUGGCAGCUGACGAGAAGACGAGUGAGUCAGACCCUGGCAAGGAGCAAUGGUUUGAGCGCGCCAAGUGGCCUGCGCCAAAUGAGGACACCGGGCUGCCAAAGUAUCCUCUGGCGCUGGCGGCGGCGUCAGACAAUCUUGUGUUUGAGCUGGCCGGAUGGCGCACAACCACUGGGCUGCUGCUGCGCAAGCCCAUCCUGGCGGCCCUGCAGCUGACUCCCUCUGUCGCCAAUUUUGCGCUGGCAAAGCUGUCGCCGUUGCUGCAAUCCGCGGUGGGGCUUGAGGAGGGCGAUGCAAUCACCGUGCACAUGGCACCUGCAGCCAUGCACCUGCCGGCAGCAUCCUACCAUGUGAGCCUGCAGCCUAUGAAGCUGGUGGUAGCCACGCGCGGCCUGCUGCAAAAUAUAAUUGCUCUGCUCAACCAGCGGCCUAAUGUGAAGCCGACCCGGCUGGAGGCGUGGACGACGGCGCUGCGCGCAGACAUCUUCAAGGACGGGCUCAUAGACUCCAAGCGCCUCGACAUCAUCAUCGGCCCCGAUGCGCGCAACGGCAAAGGCAUCCGGAUGUGCUGCUGGGGCCGGGUGGACCCGACGCGCGGCAAUACAGUUGACGCGACCAUCGGCGUUCCCUCCUCCAGCCUGGCCCCUCUGGGGCUGAGAGACCUGCCCGAGGACUUUGUCUUUGCCAUCCCCGUCCGCGGCAGCAGCCAGCAGCCCGACUUUGACUUUGUCAGGGCCGGCAAGCGACUGGGGGAGAUGGUGGUGAAGCAGAGGGUAACUAAUGGGCUGCCCUUCAUGCGGGGAAUUUUCCAACAGCAGGAGCAGAAAAACAAAGGGGGCCGCACGGAUGCUGAGCCGCCUGUACCACCCGCACAAAGGCCCUUCCCCUGGGAGAAGGGACUGGCAUGA